CGUCGCGACGGCACAUGGUUCGCGGAUUCCGUGGCGGUAUGAUCAGUCGUAUCGUACAAUGAAAGCGCGCGCCGUUUUACGUUCGUCGAACUAAGUUGUUCAAAAGUGAUUGUACAAUUGCUUUCCGUAGCCUGGAAUUGCUCAAUAACACUCGGUGCUUCUAGAAAUGUUAAUUUAGAAUCUAAUUACUGUGCGGUAAUGAUUACAACUUUUAAGCUCGAUUGCUUAAGAAAAGUCUGACCUGAAACGCUCAAGAUGUUACUACAAACUUUGAUCGCAAUCUUCAUACAAGUGUUUUUAUACUGUGGGGGUACGUCGGCAGUCAGUUGGGAAGAAUGGUGGACUUAUGACGGGAUAUCAGGUCCGGCAUUCUGGGGAUUGAUAAAUCCGGAAUGGUCACUUUGCAAUAAAGGUAGAAGACAGUCCCCCGUGAAUCUAGAACCGAAUAAACUCCUCUUUGACCCAAAUCUGAGGCCUUUGCACAUCGAUAAACAUCGGGUUAGUGGAUCCAUAAGUAAUACAGGACAUAGUGUGAUAUUCACCGUAGAUAACGAUACACGACAUCACAUCAAUGUGACAGGUGGUCCACUGUCAUAUAAAUAUCAAUUUCAAGAAAUUCACAUCCAUUACGGUCUUCAUGAUCAGUUUGGUUCCGAACAUUCAAUAAAUGGAUAUGCCUUCCCAGCCGAAAUACAGAUUUUCGGGUUCAACUCACAACUGUAUUCCAACUUCUCGGAAGCGCUACACAAAGCCCAGGGGAUUGUGGUGAUUUCGCUACUUUUACAGUUGGGAGAUUUAUCAAAUCCGGAGCUGAGGAUAUUGACCGAUCAAUUAGACAAAAUUAGAUACGGUGGGGAAGAAGUAGAGGUAAAGAAGUUGUCGGUUCGGGGCUUAUUGCCAGAAACGGAUUACUAUAUGACGUACGAUGGUUCGACGACGAUGCCAGCUUGCCACGAAACCGUUACGUGGUUGAUUCUCAACAAGCCUAUUUACAUCACUAAGCAACAGAUGCACGGAUUGCGGAGACUGAUGCAGGGAGACGCGAAACAUCCCAAAGCCCCCUUAGGAAAUAACUUUAGACCACCUCAACCUCUUCACCAUCGUCCAGUACGAACAAACAUUGACUUCAAUGUCAAGCAUCCGGGUGCGGCUGGCAAAUACUGCCCCAGCAUGUACAAAGAUGUAUACUACAAAGCGAAUAGUUGGAAGCAGCACUGAAAUAACGAUAAUAACAAAAAAACUUUAUAGUGAAAGUCGAACUUCAAUAUAAAACAAUACGGUGAAAGUGCAUAUCGUGAAAAUAUAAUUUUUAUAGUGAAUUUGAAUAUCUCAGUAGUGCAAAUAAACGACAACAAAAAAUAAUAAUGAAAACAUAUCAUAUUUUGGAAGAAAUUCAAAAGGUAUUAUGAGCUGAUGUGACCUGCUUUCUGAUAUUAGAGUAGCGAAUUUAGAAAACGAAUGCCAUGUGAAUAGAAAGUUUAAUUUUUGUAAUUUUUGUGCGUUGAAAUCAGCUAACUUUUGUUAUCUUGUAAGGCCUAACCGACAAAAAAUGUUUUAAAAAAACCAAGCUAAAAGAAUGUCAAUAUAAAAUGGAUAAUAUCAAACAUGAGCGAUAUCGGGAAGUGGAGUAAACAUAUAUUUUACGUAAAUAUGAAAUUGUUGACUAAUUCUGAUACCGUUCCUGUUAUUGUUAGUUGUAAUAUCAUAUAAUGUUUGUAAAAAACCAUUUGUGUUUGUAAAGAAAGUUUAUUUCUCCUUAAUAUACAUAUCUUAAUA